UCGCUUAUAAAAACAUUUUUAAUCCAUGUUAUAAAUAAACGUGUUUUAAAGCUUUUAAACGAGAAACACGAGUUAUUUUCGCUCGUGUCAGUGGCGGGAAGUCUCUCUGAGGAUGUUUCUUCCAGUCAUGUUUCGCGCCGCGCGGUGUGUUGAUGUUGUUGUUGUUGUGUCGCUGUUGUUGUGUGCGAGGGCUCGGUUCGGUCUCGGGUGUUCGGGACUGAUGCUGUGCCGGUCCUGCGGGCACGAGGUGGCGGAAGACACGGAUCUGAGGUACGAGCCCAGUCGCCUGGCUCUGUCACACCGGAACGACACGGUGAUCGCAGGGAAGCGCGUCUCGGUUCAGCUCUUCGAGAAUCCGCAAGGCUUCCAGUUUGAAGUCGUGACUUUUAAGCGAGCAGAUGUUCUGAAGCACUGGCCGGCGGACAGCCACUUCUCCUGGUUCCCCGGUCACUCGUGGACCGUCGCCUCCUGCCCGCGGUGCAAAACACACCUAGGUUGGGCGUUUCAGCCCAGCGACUGGCCCAGGACGGUGAACCGAGAAGAGUUCGACGCGUCGGACCAGACGUUUGUGGCGCUCAUAAUCGACAGACUUCUGCAGGAACACUUCGCAUCGACACUGCUGAUGACACCCAAAUCUUUCCGAAGUUGACCAUUAGCCAGACCACAAUUUAUACUUUUUAAUAAAGAGAUUUAUAUGGGAAUCAAGACUAGAAUGCCUGGUUUUGUUUUUGACCUGUGUGAAAUGAAAAUACCUAUUGACUUAAAUAAAAUAAAAACCUUCAUUGCAGUUUCUUUGCAACUGGAUGAAUCCCAAACAGUGUUUUAUUGAGCAAAACCAACUGAACAGUUAUAAGUGUCUUACGGUAACACAACCACUACACAAAUUAUGUGAAUAAGAAGGGGAAAGAGUUACAAGCAUGAUUUCUUUUAUUUUUUUUUUUUGGAAGAUUUUAUUUUCUUUAUCAAAAAUGUUAUCCAUUUCAAAUCUGGUGAAUGUCUGUAAAACAAGACAAGAUAAAAACCAAAGACUCAAUGAUGGUGUCCACAUCCCCUCUUUCCUCAGCCCUCCUGAACUGACAUGGUUACAAGAGGACCAACUACUGAUGUCUAAACGUGAAGGGUUUACACACCGAGAAUAAAGUAACAAAACGGUGGAGAACGCUAGAGCUAGCGGAUCACUGCGCACCAUGGCUUCUGUUCAAUUAACCACACAAAACUU